AAAAGUGGUUCCGCACUGGACCUGCCACACUCUCUCCCUAAUUAUAUUACAGCUUUGAGCCGAGGGUGGAGAGAGCAUCAGAGUAAAAAUAAGGAGAAAUAAGGAGAGAAGACCGGGGCCGUGACAGAGUGGAGAGGCAAGAGAAGCCGAGGCAUCUGUUGUUUAAACUAGAUCGGAGAAGGACUUCCUGCUGAGCAUCACCAUCAUCAUUUCAAGUCGGGAGCAUCUGUCUGCCCGUCAUGGCCCCUCCCUUGCUGUUGAUGGUGCUGAUGGUGGUUGCUUUGGCAACUGGGGCCCGUUCAGCCAGCGAGGAGAAUGAAGUGGAUUAUGGGUACUGGAACUACAGAGAAGGAGCCGAUCGUGUGAAUGUGGCCUCAGUGCGCAGUGUCACCAGAGUUUUAGACGCCUGGGGAAAACGCAUCUUCAAUGAAAUCAAGAUUUUACUGCACUCUCAGCCCAGCACGCUGCUGCCUGACUACUCCAGGGUGCGCCCUCUGUCCGAGUCCGUUAACGACCUAUUCAGAGAAGUGUCCCUUCUGCGCCGGCGCAUCACCGAGCUUUCUCAUCGGCUUGCAAACCUGGAACCGUUCCUCCGUCAUCACGGCUACCGGGAGGAGCGGGGAGAGGAGGCGGGAGGCGGCCAGGAGGUGGCAUCUCGGAGCUUGAGAGGACAGGUAGCGAGUCUGGCCCUGUACGGCCCGAGGGCGAGUCCGCCGAGGCGGAGCCGGGUGGUGAGCAGAAGACUGGUGAGAGUCCCCAGUAUGGGAGUGAAGCUGGUUCAGAGAGAGAGGCUGACUGAUGGAGGGGAGUGAAGAGUGGGGAAGUUUAUGGCUGCCCCUGUGUGAGACACACAAACACGUUCUGCAAAUAUUAUAUAGCCUAUAAUGUAAGAAAUAAAUUUUUAAAUUGUAGUCUAUAGCUUUCAUUUUUGUAAAUGAAUAAUAUGAUAGCCUGCACAGACACUGCCUGUCCUCUGAGAUCAGGAGUGAUGAUUAGGGUUUGUACUGGUAAAUAGGUAGGCCUAACUGAUAUCUUUAAUAAACUGUUGUGAUUAUCACUA